GCCAUCAACACACACACGCACACGAUAUUAUUAUUAACAUUGUACGCCAUAUAUCCGUUGUCGUUCGGCCGUUCAUUUGCAAAACUCCACGACCAACGGUUGAAACAAUAUUUCGUUUCGACGUCCGAUCUAGUGUCACACUUGCCGYGACCUUUGCAGACCACCGGCACCACGCCCAUUAGCCGUCGAUUAUUACGAAUCCCACGAAUUUCAAAAUAAUGUUGCGUCUCUGUUUUACUGUGCCCGUCAUACAAUCCGUUUGGUAGACGGUGCGGUUGAGGUUUUUACCGCCGUUAGCCACUAACCAUAAUAAUUACAACUGGCCGCGCGUCAGUAAAAUGGGUUCGUAGUGCCAAGUCCUGUGGCCGACGAAUAACGACUGCAGCGAUCGUAUACCRCGGAUACCAACGAUCUGCACUGCACGUCGAAACAUAAAUCAUAAAUUCAGACGACGGCCGUUCCGGUCCGAACACCACCGUUGACCCCGGUCGCUUUCCGCCGAGAAUCCCGGGUACGUCUAAACCGGAACUACGCAGACGCGUACAGAUCAGUAGAUCACUGAGCUUCGCCGCCACCGGUGGACGAUUUUUUUCACCGACCACCGUCCGCAGCCGAUGACCAUGUGCAGGCCGGCCGGUCCUGUGACCUUGCAGUGUUUGUUCGUGUUGUUCACGGCGAUGGCAGCGGCCGGCGUCUCGCGACACCCGGUGGUCGUGGUCAUGUCGUUCGACGGUUUCCGGCCCGAUUACAUCCGGCCCGACGUGACGCCGCACAUGGCCCAAUUCCGGGACGCGUCGGCCGCGCCACCGUACAUGCGCAGUGCGUUCCCMACGAAGACGUUCGUCAACCACUUCACCAUUGCCACCGGAAUGUACUCCGAGACGCACGGAGUGUUCGACAAUUCCAUGUUUGACGGGCACAACGAGACGAUGCACUACACGUACGAGCAGUUCCACUACGACGAUUCGGUGGUGCCUAUCUGGAAAAAAAAAAUGUACCUAUUAUUGUUUAGUUCAAUACAUUGGAAUUCCCGAAUAGACACUAUUAUGACAUGGAUUGAAAAUAAAAAUCAACCAGCUAAUCUAGUGUUUGCAUAUUUUGAAGAACCAGAUAAAACUGGUCAUAAAAAAGGAGUCGGCUCACAGGAGAUAAAAAAUCAAAUCGUUAGAGUAGACAACACGGUCAAAUAUAUGGUUGAUCAAAUAAAAUAUAAAAAUUUAGAAGAGAAAAUAAACCUCAUAAUUCUUAGCGAMCAUGGAAUGGACACAGUAACAUAUGAUAGAAUGAUAUUUUUAGAUGAUUACGUAUCCAAUAUGACCUACAAAUCCGUUAUUACAGGUCCAAAUGCAUUUAUACUUCCAAAUAUGGGUAAAUUUGACGAAGUUUUCACGAAUCUUUCAAACGGAGCCAAUACAUCAAAAACGUUUUACGUAUUUCAAAAAUAUGAAUUACCUGACCGUUGGCAUAUGAAGAAUAAUCCUAGAUUGAACGGGAUCAUUUAUUUGUUGGCGAAACCCAGUUACGCGUUUUGGAAUAGUUUUUUUCAAAAAAUUUUGGAUGAAACAACCAAGGAAAUGUUCAAAGCUGGGACCCACGGAUAUGACAACGAUGAACCUCUGAUGCACGCCCUUUUCAUGGUCUCGGGACCGAUGUUCAAGAAAAACUUCACAGCACAACCAUUUGACAACGUAGACCUGUACCCGCUAAUCAGCCACCUGUUAUCAUUAGAUAAGGCGGCUAAUUACGAACGGACAGUGAACGGGACGAUAGCUGGCGUCGAACAACUAUUGCUGUUGUCCAAGUCAUCCAGUGCCGGCACGUCGUUGUCGUCGCCAUCGCCGCACAUCCUGGCUGGCAUAAUAGCGACCUUCAUUGACGCUUUGCAAAAGUUCCAGUAACCAUAAUAUUCUAAUAUUAUGACAUUAUGUAUAGAAAUCUGUUUUGUCUUGGCAUUCGACGCAACCGCAAUUAUACAUUGCAACUUGCCACUGAUAUGUCUUGUGAUAUUGGUAUUGUUAUAAAUUUAAAAUUAGAAUUAUUGUCAUUAUAGUCUCGUAAAAAAAUGUAUUCAAUGCACAGUAGAAGAAUAAAACUGUAGAUUGAUUUUUGGCGAAUAAAUUAUUGUAAUAUUUUUUAUA